UUUAAAGACUCUUCACUCUAUCCUUUAAAGACUUUUUUUCAUCUUUAGAUUAGGAAUGCUACCUAUUUACUACUCUCUUUAUUUAGCUUUUCCUCAUCAACUCAUUUUUCCAAAAGUUUAAAUCUAAAGCCCUAUGAAAAGCUAGAGCAUUUGAUGCUUCUUCCCUUUUUUUUUGGGUCAUUUUUUUAAAAAUAAUUAAUUUUGUGGGCUUCUUGAUUUUUUGUGGCUAUGGUUUUGACUGUUUUCCUACAGUGUAACAGGGCUGUUGUGCUGAGAUGACACAGACCUUUGUUUUUGAAAACACUGCAAAAAGAAGCCUUCUUUACUCUCUACUUCUGACAUUUGAAUAAGCCAUAUCUAUAGUUGAAUGUGAUUUAUCAAACCUCAAAAAAACACCUUUUUUUACACAUAAAUUUUCCUUUCUCUUUAUAUAUGUGUGUACUCAUAUGGAUUUAUAUUAAUAUAAAAGUCUUAAGUAGUGUGUAAUCAUGAUUAAUGCAAAGGACAUCUACAGUCCCCCAAGUCCAAGAAGGUAUCCCCUACACCAGCUCAUAGUUUUAUCUUUUUCUCCAUCUGUGAACCCUAAUUGAAGUCCCAAAUCUACAUAGAAAAAUACCCUUUUGAGGUCAAGAAAAAUUGGGUAAAGCUAUAAAUUUUGAAAGGUGGGUGUUUUCUUGAUUUUGAUUUUUUGUGUUUGAGAAAGGUAUGAAAGUGGUAGUAUGGAGAUGGAGGAGAUUCAAACUGAAGAAUGCAAGUUUCCAAGAAUCAGCAACAAAGAGGAUGAGCAGUACCACCAAUAUGAUGUAGACGAUGCAGGAGAAGGCAAAAAGAGUAGUGGCCUUGGUGGUAUUGUAAACUUUUAUGGUCGUCCUUCAUCAAGAAUUGUUAGAGUUUCUCGUGCAUCUGGUGGGAAAGAUAGGCAUAGCAAAGUAUUGACUUCAAAGGGAUUAAGAGACAGACGUGUUCGCCUCUCUGUCAAUACUGCUAUACAGUUCUAUGAUUUGCAAGACAGGCUCGGCUGUGAUCAGCCGAGCAAGGCUGUGGAGUGGCUGCUAAAAGCAGCCGCUCCUUCAAUUGCUGAGCUUCCACCUCUUGAGGCGUUUCCAGAUACACUGCAGCUUAGUGAUGAGAAAAGGUCAAGUGUUGGAACUGAGCCGGGUUUUGAUUCAGCUGAUGUGGAAAUGGAUGAUGAUCUAAAUUACAAUCAGCAGCAGCAACAACAACAACCACCUUGUUGUAGUAAUUCUGAGACAAGCAAAGGUUCUGGAUUGUCACUUUCCAGAUCUGAUUAUCGGCUCAAGGCACGGGAGAGAGCAAAGGAAAGGGCCACAGAGAAGGAAAAGGAGAAAGAAAAUAAGUCUUCUAUGGUUUCUCAUCACCAAAAUAUGCACCCUAGCUCUUCUUUCACUGAGCUAUUGACCGCUGGUAUGAGUGAUAAUAACAAUAACAACAACACAAGUCCUAAUGGCCCCAUUCACCAAAACACGUCGAGGCAAUGGUCUACAAAUCCCUUGGAGUAUUUCACCUCAGGAUUGUUAGGCCCAUCAGCUACUCGUGGAAUAGACAACUCUACUGGUUUUUCGGGCCAAAUUUAUUUGGGAAAUCCUCUACAGCCAUUAAGACCAGUGUCUUCACCAAUGUUUAGUAUUACGGGUGACCAUCGACCCGAACUGCAGCAUUUCCCAUUCGGUGGUGACAACCUAGUCCCGGGUGUGACCUCCAGUGGGGGAAGUAACUGCAAUACUAACAACGAGUACAAUUUGAACUUCAGCAUAUCUUCAUCUGGUUUCAAUAGGGGGACCCUUCAGUCCAAUUCUUCCUCUUCGCCGUCUACAUUGCCUCACUUCCAGAGGUUUUCUCCCACAGACGGAUCACAAAGUUUCAAUCUUGGCUCCACAACUGAAUAUGAUGCUCGUUUACACCUCUUCUAUGGCAAUGGCUAUGACAGUAGGCAUUCAGAUCAGAAAGGAAAAGGAAAGAACUAACUUCAUUUAAAAGCAAGUUCCUUUUACUGCCCAUCUUCAUCCAUGGCAAUUGAAGAUGGAAGCAACCUCUGGAGUUCUAAAGGAAGCAAUGCUUACAGGCUUAUAUAUUAUUAUAUGCUUCUUAACUGCUUGCUUAUUCUGCGUAAUUCAUUUUAAGUACUAUAAGUAAAUACUUUUUUUUAAUGGGAGAAAUCCCUUUGUUUGCUGCGUCUUUCCCUACUUCAGUUGGCGCACAGGUUCGAAACUCAGUGAGGUUGUGUGUGUUUUGUUGUGAGAUCUCAUUUCUAUUGAAGAAUUUACCCUCAUUUGAAUUU